CAUAGCAUCAAUAACCACAAGAAAUGCACACUAUGGGGAUUUAAUUUCAUCACUGAAGAAGCCUUUGCAGUUCAUUUUUAUAUCAUAAAUCAUCACAUUUAAUACAGUAUGGGUGAAAAUUUCAUGAACAUGCUAAACCCAGAUGAUCGUUGUUCUAACAUACCUGUUAUCAUACCUAUAAUAACCAACCAUUAUGAAGAUAUAACACCUCCAGAAAAUCUAGAUUUUGAGAAUAAUUUUAAUUUUGAAGAUAUGUUAUUGGAUGCUGAGGAAGUUGUGCAACAAGAUGAAGAAGGACAAGAUUUACUCCAAAGAGCCAUCCAUGAGGCAGAUUUGCCCAUGGAGUGGGAAGAUUUUUUUGGAGUCUGUAAUACAGCCUUCAUCUUCUUUCAUAGUUGGUGUGGAGGCUGAAUUACAUAUUGCCAAUAAUCUAUCUUUCGAUAUUUGGGAAACAACAGUCAUUGAGAAUUUUGAGCUAGUGGCCCUGUCACUCUGCUCAGUCUCAGUGAUUGCUGACAAUACAUUUACUUGUUUCACAGCUUCACAGUGUCAUUCCUUCCAUUCCACGCAUGUAUACGAAUGCAUCUAUUGUCAAAUCUCAUUUCUUGAUGAGGAUUUACAUUUAUUACAUAUGUCCCAUCGUGUAGACAAUAUAUGCCUUUGUGCUACAUGUGGCACAAAUUUUGCAAAUUACAAAUUGUUAGCUUUACAUCUUAUGAAUCAUUUUUAGGGAGUUGAGAGAUAUGAGUAAAAAAAUAAUUCUAUGGUUUGUUAUUUAGUGGUUAUAUUUUUGCUGCAAUGUUUAUUAUAUUUGGAUUGUGUUUCAAAAUAUUGACAUUGUGAAAAUAUUUUCAUAAUAUUGUUAGGUUUCUUAUUCUUCACUGAGUUUGUUAUGUUAUUUGUUAUGACUUGGAACACUAAAUACGCUAG